UUCAGGCAGCUGCCUCUACUUCAGGUCAUCUUUUGUUUAAUUCUUCCUGUCAGCUGGUCGGAUUUCAGUAUGGACGCUGAGGCGGACGGCUCGGUGGCGCUGUCGGAGGAGCCCGGCAGGAGGCGAAGGGUUCACGGCAUGCUGAAGCUUUACUACGGGCUGAARGAGGAGGGAAAGGCCCCGGAACAGCCGCAGUCCUUGGAUCCCUGCGACAUCAACGGGCCUCAUUUCGACCCGGAACAGUACCUCAAUAAGCUUCGAAGAGAGUGCUCCCUUGCUGAGCUGAUGGAUCACGAGACCUGCAUGGUGAAGCAGAUCCGCUCCUUAGACAGCGACAUGCAAACCCUGGUCUAUGAAAACUACAACAAGUUCAUAUCUGCUACAGACACCAUAAGAAAGAUGAAGAAUGACUUCAAAAAGAUGGAAGAUGAAAUGGACUGCCUGUCGGCCAACAUGGCAGCGAUCACUGACUUCAGUGCUAGUAUCAGCGGCACGCUUCAAGACCAGCACGCACAGAUUACAAAACUCUCAGGGGUCCACACUCUGCUGAGGAAGCUCCAGUUCCUGUUUGAACUGCCUGCUAGGUUGAAUAAGUGUCUGGAGCUGCAGGCCUAUGCUCAGGCGGUGAGCUUCCACCGGCGCGCCCGCUGCGUGCUGCAGCAGUACAGCCACCUGCCCUCCUUCAAGGGGAUUCAGGAUGACUGCCAUGCCAUCAUGGAGAAGCUGGCUCAGAAGCUGCGACAGAAGUUCAGGGACGGUGGAACAAGUGCCAAAGAUCUGUCGGAGUGCGUGGAGCUCCUGCUUCAGCUGGACGAYCCAGCGGAGGAGCUUUGUGAUAAAUUCCUGAACCACGCCCGCUCCCGACUCGAGUUAGAACUGAAGGGCCUUGAGGCCGAGAUCAAACCGUAUCCGACUGCCGUGAAAGAAGCUCCCAGGCUGCCCARGUCUGCUUCUGCAGGAUCUCCAACAGAGACCUCCCCUAAAACAAGCUCCCUGCCUGCUCCCACCUCUAACACCGACAUCCUGGAGUUCAUAGACCGAGGCUGCAACGAGUUUGUUAGCAGCUUAUGCUUAGUCAUCACGUCCUAUCAAGAACUGUUCAUCAACCACGCUCAGACCYUGGAGCUAGCCUCAAAAAAUAUUCCUCAGAUGGCAAACGGUAAACUCCACUCCUUUGUGGACGAUCUGACCCGCAGGUACUUCUCGCUCGUGGAGAGGAGGAUCCAGGAGGAGAAAGGGGUCGGAGACAACUCCCUCUUAGUGCGCGCGCUCGAUCGCUUCCACCGCAGACUCCAGGCGGUGGCCAAGCUGCUGCCGGGCUCGGCCGUUCCAAGUAAAGGGACGGAGAUCGUGACGCGAGCGGCGACGGAGCGGCUGAAGCAGUACCUGUCCGCUCUGCAGAGCUUCUACGUGGACAGCCUGACGGACGUCAGACAGGCCCUGGCCACGCCCCGUCUCUCGGUGGCUGGYGGCGGAGCUCACCUGGGUGGGCCCGCAGCCGGCAGAGACGCUCCAACCAGCCUCCCUGAGCUGCUGUUGUCCCUCUCUGCAUCCAUCCUCAACCAGAUCAAGUCCGUGCUGGCGUCGGUGCACCUCUUCACGGCUAAAGACAUCACGUUCUCCAACAAACCGUACUUCAAGGGGGAAUUCUGUAGCCAGGGAGUCCGGGAGAGCCUGGUGGUGAGCUUUAUCAAGUUUGUGUGCCAGUCUUCUCGCCAGUUUUGCGAGAGCGCAGGAGACAAAGGAGGUUCGACUCCCCCGGCCCUUCUGUUGCUGUUGUCUCGACUCUGCUUGGAUUUUGAAACCUCUACUAUCUCCUACAUACUCACACUCACAGAUGAACAGUUCCUCGUGCAGCACCAGAGUCCUGUUACACCAGUCACAACUUUAUGUGCUGAAGCCAGGGAAGCAGCACAGAAACUACUCAACCAUUAUGUCAAGGUCCAGGGUCUGAUCAUCUCCCAGAUGUUAAGAAAGAGUGUUGAAACUCGAGACUGGGUCAACACCAUUGAGCCACGAAACGUCCGUGCUGUGAUGAAGAGGGUAGUGGAGGAUACUACCUCCAUAGACGUGCAGGUGGGCCUUUUGUAUGAAGAAGGUGUGAGGAAGGCUCACAGCAGCGACUCCAGCAAAAGGACCUUUUCUGUCUACAGCAGCUCCAGGCAGCAAGCCCGCUACGCUGCCAGCUACACUCCAAGCGCUCCCAUGGACACCAACCUGCUGAGUAACAUUCACAAGCUGUUCUCCGAGAGGAUCGACAUCUUCAGCUCCGUCGAGUUCAACAAGGUCUCCGUGAUGACGGGAAUCAUCAAAAUCAGCUUGAAGACUUUCCUCGAAUGCGUUCGUCUGCGAACGUUUGGCCGCUACGGCCUGCAGCAGAUCCAGGUCGACUGCCACUACCUGCAGAUGUACCUUUGGCGCUUUGUGUCUGAUGAGAAUCUAGUGCACUUCCUGCUGGAUGAGAUUGUGGGAAGCUCCGCCCACCGCUGCCUGGACCCCUCUCCAAUGGAGCAGAGUGUCAUUGAAGUCAUCUGUGAAAGAGGUUAAGGCUCAGCCUGACAGUUGAGACWAAGUGGAUUUAAAACUCGAUUCAGUUUGAGAAUGUUCUCCACCCGUCCUGCUSCACAUGUGCUCAAGAAAUAUCUGCGUUGUAAACACUUCUUAGUUCUCUUUGUUUCAUUCAUCCAGGUCUUGGCUGUCGACUUGGCAAGAACCCCAAAUUCUUCAGCCGCUCUGUAUUUACAUUCCACACACUUGUUAUUCAAGUUUACUAGAGUUAAAUUGAAUGUUACGGCAUUCAUCAUUAGCAGCUAGCUGUGYCACAUCCAGCAUUUCCGAAUAACUCAUCAAAAAUCACAUAGAACAGAAUUCACAGUGAUGAGAAGGUGUAAAUAAYAACAUUUCCAUGAUCCACUGUGAAUUGUUUGAUUUUCUAGUUUUAAGAAAGCAGCACCCCAGUUUAGUCCUAUUCUUGUUCAACAGUUCAUUUGAAUUUAAGCUGUAUUUAUUUUUCAAACUAAAGUGUUUCUGCAACAGGUAAGAUUUUAAUUAGUUACUUUUACGCAGAACAUUGCUUCAAAAUGGCUGGAAUACCUUAAAAUGUCUAAUMCUGUCUGCAAAAAAAGAAUACCACAAAUUACCCAUCACACAUGCAGAGCCUCUCAGCACAUGGUCCUCUUGACAUCACUGCAAAUAAAUGUGAAUAAUAGUAAUUACAUAGUAAAAUUGUGUCCUGUGGAAAAACUCAUCUAAUAAUAGUUUUUUCUGUUUAUUUUGCUGAAUUAUUUGUUGAUCUUUUUAUAUUAUUUAACACUAAAUGAAUCACAUAUUGCCUGCAGUUWAGUUUUCUGUGGAGGUUCUCAGAAUAUUAAUAAAACUAUAUGAACCUGG